CUUUAGCAUCUGUGAUAUUUUUGGUCAGAUGGGUCAAUUAAAUAUAAUAAUGCCGUGAAAAAUAAACGUUAAUACAUGUGAACUGUGAAGAGAAAUAUCACUUUUAAAUGCCAACUAUUAUUUUUUUACAUUAAAUAACAUCCACUGCUUUCGGGAGAUUGCUUUUGAAUUAAUAUGAACAGUAAAUUGGUCAAAUUUGCAGCUAAAUGCGUUGGUGUUGUAGGUUAUGUUAUUCAGUAUGCAUGUGUAGCACAUUGUACUUUGGAAUACGUGGGUGAUUUUGUUGUGUGCUCCGGUCCGUCCAUGGAGCCCACAAUCGUUUCCGACGACGUCUUGUUCACGGAGCACAUCUCCCCUCGGCUCCAGCUGAUCAAGAAAGGCGACAUCGUGAUCUCCACGUCGCCGUCGAACCCGCGCAUAAACAUCUGCAAGAGGGUUGCCGGGACUGCCGGGGACAAGGUCAGCUCGGGCCUUUCCCAUCAAGUGGUGCCGCGCGGGCACGUGUGGCUGGAAGGGGACAACUACGGGAACUCUUCCGACUCGCGGCAGUUCGGGCCGGUGCCGGAGGGCCUGAUCCGGGGCCGCGCCGUGUGCAAAGUGUGGCCCCCGAGACGCGUCCAGAUGCUGACCUGGUGACGACGUCUCUCCCCGCAGCAAGUGUUGCUUCGGCGCGGGCCUCACGUUGCGAGCUGUGCGGUGUUGAAGGGACACCUUCUUAGUGAAUCUUUUAUAUAGUUGAUAAUAACGCAAUAAAAGAUUUUUAAAAUCGUAAUUUUCAUAAGGAGUUGUUUUUACGACAAUGAGAACCUUCAUGUACACCUUGAGUGCUUCUUGUUUGGUGAGAAUUUUUGCUGAAUAAAGUUCUUCCACAGUUCAAAGGAAUUUUCCAGAUAUGGUACUUUCAUAUAAAUCUGAAAAAUUUCAGUCUAUAAAUCCAUACAAUAUGGCCGUAAAAAAUUCCUAUGAUAAUUAUGGUGCCAAGUUAAUCUGGAAAAUAAUGCCACAUUUUACAGAGCCAAAUUGUUCAGGAAAUGUAUGGUCUCUUUUUUUAACUUCGUGAAAAUUCACUUCUUCGUGGUUGAGAAACUGCAACUGUUUAAAUUAUGUAUUUGUAAAAUGCUAUGAAAACCUGUAAAACCUAACAGAAAAUAGUAAAUACUGAGUAAGAGGGAGAGAGAAAGAAGGGUGAAUUUUAGAUGAUAGAAUAGAGGAUGAAUGUGAGUGAUAAUUGAUAAAAAUCUAUCCUGGAAUGCGCACAUAAACACUAUUUCUAAAAAAUUAAGCACUAUGUGUUAUGCUAUGCAAACCAUUAAAAAUAUUUGUUUGACUCAAACUGUCCGAGCUCUAUAUUUCUCAAACGUUCAAUCUAUCCUUGAGUAUGGUAUUAUUUUUUGGGGAAACUCAAGUAAAGCAAUUAAAUUAUUUCGCCUACAAAAAAAAAA